AUUACGGCGACUUUUUCUACAAUGUCAUGCCCAAUUAACUGGAUUUCAACAAAUUCUAAAGAUCCAAGGUAUAUGGAAGGACGUGGAAAACGAAAAGGACGGACAUUUAAAGUAAUUCCAUUGCCUCCUGAGAUCGACAGAGCAACUAUGGCAGGACGCAGCCAGUGGAAAGACGUCGGAAAGAACCAACAGAUUCGCCGAAUGUUCAUAUCUGGUGGAAUUUCGAUGUUUGCUGAAGCAAUGCGUCCCUGUCUAGAGAAACAUCACGGCCGAGUGCUAUCGUCGUUCUCCGAAGUGGUUAACAAAAGCAUUCCUUUUUGGGAUAAGCUUGCUGAAAUAGAUCGCGAAGGAUGGGCUGCAAGAGCACGCAUAGAGAAGAAAAGCGAUCACUACAUUUAUAUUCGUAAGACACGAGAGAAAGGCUGCGGUGAGCGCGAAGUGCUGAGCCUCCAAUUGAGUGACUGCGAAAGCGACCCAGAUGAACUGCCUGGACAGAUAUGUGAUGUGCAGUCUGUGGAACGACAUAUGGAGAUGUUGGAACGCAGUGAACCAGAAAACAAUACACCUCAACCAGGCGGCACUUGUCGUCCGGUAGCACCGUCAGAGGAGAUGACAACGCGCCAGGAACCGCCAGCACCGCCAGUAGCUCCUCCAGUUUCCGCUUCUCCUCGGGACGAGAACUUUGUUCGUGUACGAAUGACUGCACCACCACAACCAGUUCAUAGAGCGGAGGUGCUCUACAACAAGACUUCUACCGAUCGAGGUCCACGUUUCGAAAAAGAGGCAGCUUGGCGAGGAAGUAUGCACGCCUUUUUUUUGAUUUUUGGAUUCUGUCGCUCGCGUUUAGCCAAAGUGCGCAGUCACAGCGUGUCGUGUUCGGCUGCUUUCAUACUUCGACGAGCACGCCGGUACGCCGUUGGAGGCGCCCGUACAUUUAGGAAGCGGCGUGCGAGCGGCUAUGCGACGGCGGCUCUACGAGCGUGUGACAGCAGCGGGUACCGAUCGAUAGCGCAAAUCGAGGAUGGCUGCUGUCACACGCUUGGAUAG